AUGCUAGAGGAGAGGAUGGCAGUUCAGCCAGAGGUGGAAGAGUCCUUCAAGCCCAAGCGGGUCCAAUUGUCAAUCAUCAACACUGUGGAGGCUCCCUUCUUCCCGAGCACAGAGUGGCUCAACAUCAUACAGGGUGCCUCUGUUAACCUUGACAUUGUCAGCGCUAGCAUCAACUCAAGCGCCGUCAGCAACCAGCAUGUCACGGACAUUGGUAACAUCCUUGAGCUCAUGCUCAAGGGCUCUGACAAGCUGCAAACCAUCACCCAACACAGGCCAUGGAUCACGGUACAGACUUACACUAUCAACGCCUACAAAUUUGUCUUUCCCUGGCACCUCGCAGAGCUCACCAACUACCUGCGGCACAUUAGCCAGCUAUUCAACUCUACUAUCUCUGCUGCUCACCCGCAAGUGGCUGCCUACGACUGCACUGUCUGA